UGAUGAGUCCUUGUCGUCGGCUCGACCGUGCUUGGAUUUGCUUUGUCGCUUAUUCCCCACAGCACGCCACCCCAUUUCGUUCAGCUUUCAAGCGUAUCCUCCUCCUUCAUCUCCUUCCCAUGGUUCUUCCAGGACCUGGAACGAAAUUCCGGAUGCCGAACCCGAUAAGGAUGUGUAAGUGUGUGCUGAACACAAAACUGCACAUUAAGCACUCAUUCGGUCCGGUCCUCUCGCGGAAACGCGCUGAAAAAGCAGUAGGCCGAGCCAGGCAGGAGCGUGGCGAAUUUUUUUUCUGCAACUCGUCGUGGCCUUCCUAGCGCACAGGAUUCUAAUUUUAGCAAUUUCAGUUCGGUUCGGCUAUUACGCGUCUAGUUGACGUUUUGUAAGCCAGCAAGUAGCAAGCAAUAAGCGUCAGUGUCAGUGGCAGUACCGUUUGUUCGGUUUGUUGUUUUUCGCUGCUCCCCGAAAAGAACAUGGAAUCGAUAAGUGCCGAGGCGCGUGGUGAAAUCUAUGAGAAGCUCUGGAGCUCCCGGGCUCUUUCGCAUCAGUUCGGCAGCCCUAAUCCUGCUUCGAAAGGUGCUGCGGGUGGUGGUGGUGCAAGAGGUGGAGCUGGCGCGGGUGGUGGGGGACAGCAAGGAUCGUUGACCAGCUUCCGCAUAGAUGAGUUCGUCAACGUUAUCAAGCAGUUUCCCAUCAUCUACAAUCGGAUCGAUAAGCACAACAAGCAGGAGUAUGCCGAGACGUGGGACCAGCUCGAAGCCAUCUUGAAAACGCCCAAAAAAUUCCUGAUGAUGAAAUGGAAAGGAUUGCGUGAUAAUUUUCGCGUUGAGCUGAAAAAAGAAUUCUUCUCCCCACCGGAGAAUCGCUACGUCUCAAAGUGGGUCCACUACAAAAAGCUAGCCUUCCUGAAGGAGCAAGUCCUACAAACGCUGGACCAGAAACUGGACAACGACAGCCACGAUGAGCUGCAACAGAUUAUGCAGUUUGUGCAAAAUGCAACCCAAGAGCACAAUGCUACAAGCCGCGGAAAUGAACAUUCGUACGCAAAUGGGGAGCUGGACCCUCGGGAGCUGGGAAGCGUUAAAGUUGAACAACAGGACGAUGAAUCCCGGGAAGCGUCCGAAGAUUACUCGUUCAGCCAUUUCCAAGAUCCGGAAGAUACCCAUCGGCUUCCGGAGAUUACGAUUACUCCGAAGAUUGUAGUUGAACCUGCCAGCAGCGUUGGGCAACAGCAGCAUCCCAUUAAUCUUCAGCGGAAACGACGUUCGGAAAGCGUGCAGAUGGAAAUUCCGGUGGCACCGCCAAAGUACCAUCAUUCGGAAUCGUUGUCUCCAUCGAAGAUGGAACCAUUCGGAGCCGUUCCACAGGACGAUGACUAUCACUUUUUGAUGAGCAUUUAUCCGUACCUGAAGCAACUCACACUUCCGGUUAAGCUCAAAGUCCGACUUCAAAUCCAACAGGUUCUCUUCAACGAGCUGAUGAAGGAAACUAUCGAAGAUGAGGAUGAUUAACUGUAAUUUUUUUGUUUUUAUUUUUAUUAUUUUAAUCUUAAGUUUUCUUCAGUAUACUCAAAGAUCUGUGCUACGUGAA